AUGACUCCUUUCAAGGCACUGUAUGGAAGAACUUAUCGCACCCCAUUGUAUUGGGAUGAAGAUGGUGAGCGACUCACUCUGGGUCCAGAACUGGUCCAAAAUACUUGUGAGAAAGUUGAUCUUAUUACAGAAAAGAUCAGGGUUGCCCAGUCGCAACAGAAAAGCUAUGCUGAUAAGAGAAGACAGCUCUUCCAAUGCAAUGUUGGAGAGAAGGCUUUCCUAAAAGUAUCUCCAAUUAAAGGAGUUGUACGCUUUGGUAAAAGAGGGAAGCUCAAUCCAAGGUACAUUGGUCCCUUCGAGAUCCUAGCCAGAGUUGGGACAGUGGCCUAUAAGCUAGCACUACCUCCAUCACUUGCAAGUGUGUAUGAUGUCUUCCAUGUUUUGAGGCAGUAUAUACCUGAUACUACACAUCUCUUGCCUCAGCAACCUGCUGAACUUGUUACUGAUUUGACAUAUGAGGACGUACCAGAAGAAAUCCUUGAUAGGAAAUAA